AUGGCUCCGAAGAAGAGCAUUCUAUUUGUAUGCUUAGGUAGAUGGGAAGUGGAUAGCGCUGCGAUAAUUGGUUUCCACUCCGGUAAGUCACCAGAUAGACGUGCUCUAAGCACUCUGAAGAAGUUCGGAAUCACUGACUACGUGCACAAAGCAAGAGUGGCGACUACUGCGGACAUUCGAGAGUUCGACUACAUUUUUGGGAUGGAUGACAGUAAUAUAAGCGAUCUACGUGAUUUGGAGAAGCAAACGAAAGGAAAGGCGAUAGUAGAGCUACUAGGGAAGUAUGACCCUCAAGGACAUCGAACGGUCCCAGAUCCCUACUAUGAAUCUGGAGAUGAAAUCACACAUCCAAGCAAGACCCAGGAAAUGUCCUGUCCAAGCAGCUACGUGAUGUACCUUGUGCUACGUCGAGACUUAAUGUCAUCACAAGGUUGGCCUUUGGGUGCAGUUUGUACUCAAGCUGCUCAUGCAGCAUCUGCAGCGAUGUGGUUGUUCAGGAAUGAUCCGAACACAAUAGAAUAUACGAAGGAGUUGGAUUCCAUGCGCAAAGUCACUUUAGGGGUCUGGAUUGAAGAUGACCAAUCGGUUUGUAUAGCAUUGAAACCGUAUCGCAAGGAGCAUGUGAAGGAUGCAUUGAAGGGCUUAUCACUCUUCUAA